GCUGUGCUCAAGCAGCCAGCGGUGCUCUGUCGCAUGCGCGGCCAGCGCAGCCGUGGCUUGGACAGGUGCAUCAGCUUGGUCAGUUGAAUCCUGCGCGGCCCAUGGCGAUGCCAGUGGCGAUGCCGACGCCCAUCGUGAAGGCCGUGGUCCCCGUGGCCAGGCCAUUACGUUGGGUUUAUGCUGCCCCUAUGCAGCGCAACCAAAUCAACCAAGGACGCACCAAUCAGGUGGUCCCAUGCCAAGAGCUUGUGUCGAUGAAGGUGAUGGCUCCAGAACUGAAGGAGCUUCCCAAGGAGCUUCCCAAGGAGCUUCCCAAGGAGCUUCCCAAAGAGGUGGUGUCCAUGCAGGUGAAGCCACGGCGCAAAGAGCUCCCGCUGAUUGAGGGUCAAGUCCCCAAAGACGCCGGUGUGGAGGGCAUGCACCCAAUCGAUUUCAAAGCGUUUUGGGAGCAGAAUCAGCAAAAUAUGAUUGUGGUCGACCUGCGCGGGCAAGAUCGAGCAAGCGGAGCAAUUCCAGGCACGGCACACAUCCCGGCCAUGGAUUUGCUCAAGGAGAUCGGGGCGUACGUGGAGAAGUUUCGGUGGGCAUAUCUUUGCAAUAUCUACCACUCCUCAGCCGAGUGCUUUGAGCUACCUGAGGCUCCAGUCCUUGGUUUGGUGGCGUUACGUUUGGGACCUGAGGUGGACAUGUCCUUGCCCGUAGAGGUCGUGAUGGCGAUAUCUACCUACCUGAGGCUCCAGACGGGGCGGUGGUAUUUGGAGGUUUCUUUGAUAGGCGGCCUUGGCUUUGUGGCGUUUGGUUUGGGGCCUGUCGAAGUAAGUGCUGCAGGUUUCCACAUCUCAACGCCGAGCCAUUCAGCUUCGAGUCUGCAUCGUGUUAGAUUGUGUUGCGUUCUUUCCCGAAUGCAGAUGCAGCAGAAGAUGCAGCCACGCUUGGUGCUGCGGCAGGCCGUGGUCAGGCAGCCAGUGGUGCCGUCGCAUGCGCGGCCAGCGCAGCCGUGGCUUGGACAGGUGCAUCAGCUUGGUCAGUUGAAUCCUGUGCGGCCCAUGGCGAUGCCAGUGGCGAUGCCAACGCCCAUCGUGAAGGCCGUGGUCAAGCCCGUGGUGAAGCCAUUGCAAUGGGUCUAUGCGGCCCCGCUCCAAAGCACCCCAGGACGCAGCAUCAAUCCGAAGGUGGUCCUCUGUGGAAGGCUCCAGACGGGGCCACGGCACUCGGAGGUUUGCCUUGGCAGCCUUGGCUUGGAGGCCUUACGUUUGGGACCUGAGAUGCAGAUGAUGCAGCCGAUGCAGCCGAUGCAGCAGAUGCAGCCACGCUUGGUGCUGCAGCAGGCCGUGCUCAAGCAGCCAGCGGUGCUGUCGCAUGCGUGGCCAGCGCAGCCGUGGCUUGGACAGGUGCAUCAGCUUCGUCAGUUGAAUCCUGUGCGGCCCAUGGCGAUGCCAGUGGCGAUGCCAACGCCCAUCGUGAAGGCCGUGGUCAAGCCCGUGGCCAGGCCAUUACGUUGGGUUUAUGCUGCCCCUAUGCAGCGCAACCAAAUCAACCAAGGACGCACCAAUCAGGUGGUCCUCCGAUGCCAAGAGCUUGUGGCGACGAAGGUGAUGGCUCCAGAACAGAAGGAGCUUCCCAAGGAGCUUCCCAAAGAGGUGGUGUCCAUGCAGGUGAAGCCACGGCGCAAAGAGCUCCCGCUGAUUGAGGGUCAAGUCCCCAAAGACGCCGGUGUGGAGGGCAUGCACCCAAUCGAUUUCAAAGCGUUUUGGGAGCAGAAUCAGCAAAAUAUGAUUGUGAUCGACCUGCGCGGGCAAGAUCGAGCAAGCGGAGCAAUUCCAGGCACGGCACACAUCCCGGCCAUGGAUUUGCUGAAAGAGAUCGGGACGUACGUGGAGAAGUUUCGGCACCAGCCGAUUGUGGCAUUUUUUUGCCAAUAUUCGGCGCAUAGGGCUCCGACAGUCGCCAACUUCUUCAGAAAGAGCUGCCCGUCCAAGCAGCGCGUCGUGGUGCUUGAAGGAGGCUUCAGGGGAUGGGAGGCCCAUGACCUCCCUAUCCAGCAGAUGGAGACGACAAUGUCUCAGAUGGCGUGUGACCAGCUGGCCUUGAAGAUUGGCCAGAAUGUCUCGAAGGUCAACUGA